GUGAUGACUUGUAAAACAUGCAGGAGCCUGCAAUAAUUCUGCUCCCCGUUCUCCAUUCAGCUGCCGCGGGGGGAGGGGGGGUCUAUGAUCUUUGGGGGGGGGGGGGACCGAUAGCUUCCUGCUGGUCCAGGCACCGGAAAUAAAGCCCAAACAUGCGCACUAAAGACCUAAGAACUUUGAUGCGCACUGCCCACCAAAGAUCAUCGAGCGGAGCUGCCCACCCCUCGGCGCAGAAUCUUCGAGAAGUCCGGCAGCAGGGUAUUAGAAGAAAAUAUUUCCAGACGGGAACUUCAAAUCAAGCGUCACAUCAAGUUGCAUUUCAUGGGUGAGAAAACGUUUGCCUGUUUUGCCUAUGGGAAAAUAUUUCAAACAUCAGUACAACUAGCCGGGCAGGGAGACUCGUAUCAAGCAGAGGCAUGGCACGGAAGUGCGUGUGGCACGAGUUUUAAACCGUUACACUGUGAGAGAAGAGAUCUCAGCAUUCACAGUGGGAGAAACUGAACACUUGCUCCAUGUACGUUGAGAGUUGAUCAGAAAGACCACAGAGUUGACAGUUAAACAAUGGGCAAAUAUUUUCACAAUCAAAAUGAUAUAUUAGUACAGGUUGACGGUUGGAAAAGAAUCAUUUGCUUAUCCCAGCAGAAAUAUUUUGCAUCACAUUGAGGAGAAAUUUGCGUCGUUUCGGAGAAGUGUUGCACUUAUUUAUAUUCUUGUGCUCAAACCCCUAUUCCUUACUGCAAAUGGAACCGUUUCAGUAUUCUAACUGCGGGAAACAUGUUAAUCAAUCCAUUACCCUGAUAACGCAUCAGCAGAAUUACAACGGUGAGAGGCCAUUCACCUGCUCGGAGAACGGGCAGAGAUUCACUCUCUCAUCUCAGCUGAUGACGCAACGUCAAGUUCACACCAGGGAAAAGCCGUUCAUCUGUUCCGAGUGCGGGAAGGGGUUCAGUCGAUCGUCUCAUCUGAUGAGACACCGGCAGGUUCACACCGGGGAGAGGCCGUUCACUUGCUCCGAGUGCGGGAAGGCAUUCACCCAGUUGUGCAAUUUGGUGACACACCAACGAAUUCACACCGGGGAGAGACCGUUCACCUGCUCCAAGUGUGGGAAGGGAUUCAGCAGAUUAUCCAGUUUGAUUACGCACCACCGAGUUCACACAGGGGAGAGGCCGUUCACCUGCUCUGUAUGUGGGAAGGGGUUCACUCAGUCAUCCAACCUGGUAAUACAUCAGCGAGUUCACACAGGGGAGAGGCAGUACAUUUGCUUGAAAUGUGGGAAAGGAUUUUGUCUGUCAUCACACUUGCUGAGACACCAGCGGGUUCACACUGGGGAGAGGCCGUUCACUUGUUCCGAGUGCGGGAAGGGGUUCACUCAGUCGUCCAGUUUAAUAACGCACCAGCGGGUUCACACCGGGGAGAGGCCCUUCACUUGCACUGAUUGUGAGAAGAGAUUCAGCCGAUUUUCCAGCCUGGUGACGCACCAGCGGGUUCACACCGGGGAGAGGCCGUUCACCUGCACUGAAUGCGGGCGAGGAUUCACACAGUCAUCCAGCCUAGUGACUCACCAACGUGUUCACACUGGAGAUAGGCAGUUCAUCUGCACUGUGUGUGGGAAGGGAUUCAGUCGCUCAUCUCAUCUGCUGAGACAUCAGCGAAUCCACACCGGGGAGAGGCCAUACACCUGCUCUGAGUGUGCGAAGGGAUUCACUCGUUCAUCCCAUCUGCAGAGACACCAGCGGGUUCACACAGGGGAGCAGCCAUACACCUGCGCCAAAUGCGGGAAGGGAUUCACGCAAUCCUCCAACCUGAUGAUACACCAGCGAGUUCACACCGGAGAGAGGCCCUUCACCUGCUCCAUGUGCGGAAAAAGAUUUUCAGAUUCUUCUUACUUGCUGAGACACCAGCGGAUUCACACCGGAGAGAGGCCGUUCAUCUGCACCGAGUGUGGGAAGGGGUUCACUCAGUCAUCGGCCCUUGCCAGACACCAGCGAGUCCAUACUGGGGAGAAGCCAUUCACCUGUUCCCAGUGUGGGAAAGGAUUUGCUCUGUCUUCCCACCUGCUGAGACACCAGCAAAUUCACACUGGGGAGAAGAUUAAAAAAAUUGGUAUUAGAAGAAAAAGAGUUCCAGACGGAAACUUCAAAUCAAGCGUCACAUCAAGUUCUCACAAAGUCACUCCGUUCAUCAGUCGAAAGAGAAAACGUUUGCCUGUUUUGCCGCUGGGAAAAUAUUUCAAGCAUCAGCACAAUAAGCAGGGUAGUGAGAUUCGCAUUCUACAGUAUCAAAGAAGUGGUGCACUUUUUUAUUCUUGUGCUCAAAACCCCUAUCCCUUACUGCAAAUGGAACCGUUUCAGUAUUCUAACUGCGGGAAACAGUUCAAGCAAUCCACUACCCUGAUAACACAUCAGCAGAAUCACAACGCAGAGAGACCAUUCACCUCCUCAGGGAAUGGGAAAAGAUUGACUCGCUCGUCUCAGCUGACGACGCAACUUCAAGCUCACACCAGGGAGAGACUGUCUAUCUGCUCCGAGGGCGGGAAGAAAUUCAAUCGAUCGUCCCAUCUGAUGAGGCACCAGCAGGUUCACACCGGGGAGAAGCCGUUCACCUGCACUGAGUGCGGGAAGGGGUUCACUCAGUCGUCCAGCUUAAUAACGCACCAGCGGAUCCACACCGGGGAGAGGCCGUUCACUUGUUCUGAGUGCGGGAAGGGAUUCACUCGGUCGACUAGCUUAUUGGCGCACCAGCGGGUCCACACUGGUGAGAGGCCGUUCACUUGUUCUGAGUGCGGGAAGGGAUUCACUCAGUCGACCAGCUUAUUGACCCACCAGCGGGUUCACACAGGGGAGCAGCCGUACACCUGUGGCGAAUGUGGGAAGAGAUUCACGCAAUCCUCCAACCUGAUGAUGCACCAGCGAGUUCACACCGGAGAGAGGCCCUUCACCUGCUCCAUGUGCGGAAAAAGAUUUCCAGAUUCUUCUUACUUGCUGAGACACCAGCGGAUUCACACCGGAGAGAGGCCGUUCAUCUGCACCGAGUGUGGGAAGGGGUUCACUCAGUCAUCGGCCCUUGCCAGGCACCAGCGAGUCCACACUGGGGAGAAGCCAUUCACCUGCUCCCAGUGUGGGAGAGGAUUUGCUCUGUCUUCCAACCUGCUGAGACACCAGAAAAUUCACACUGGGGAGAAACCGUUUCAGUAUUCUAACUGCGGGAAACAGUUCAAGCAAUCCACUACCCUGAUAACACAUCAGCAGAAUCACAACGGAGAGAGACCAUUCACCUCCUCGGGGAAAGGGAAAAGAUUGACUCUCUCGUCUCAGCUGACGACGCAACUUCAAGCUCACAUCAGGGAGAGACUGUUUAUCUGCUCCGAGUGCGGGAAGAAAUUCAAUCGAUCGUCCCAUCUGAUGAGGCACCAGCAGGUUCACACCGGGGAGAAGCCGUUCACCUGCACCGAGUGCGGGAAGGGAUUCACUCAGUCUUCCAGCUUAUUAACGCACCAGCGGGUCCACACUGGGGAGAGGCCGUUCACUUGUUCUGAGUGCGGGAAGGGAUUCACUCAGUCGACUAGCUUAUUAACGCACCAGCGGGUCCACACUGGUGAGAGGCCGUUCACUUGUUCUGAGUGCGGGAAGGGAUUCACUCAGUCGACCAGCUUAUUGACGCACCAGCGGGUUCAUACAGGGGAGCAGCCGUACAUCUGCGGCAAAUGCGGGAAGGGAUUCGCACAAUCCUCCCAUCUGCUGAGACACCAGCGAAUUCACACAGGGGUGCAGCCGUACACCUGCGCCAUAUGCGGGAAGGGAUUCGCGCAAUCAUACCACCUGCUGAGACACCAGCGAAUUCACACUGGGCAGAAGAUUUAAAAAUAUUGGGGUAUAAAAUAUUUAAACAUUAUGGCUGCUGAGACUCCAGUUAUGUCCACCAGUUCUUGCUGCUGCUAAUCACGACCAGAAUUAAUCCCUGGUCUGCACAUUUAUAAAAGAUGAGGCACAGCAUAGUUGAUAUCCAUAGGACAAAACUUUUCCCCAUAGAAAAGAUGUUUGAAACUAGAAGGCAAAGGUUUGGGGAAGGGGCAGGAGGUUUUGGACAGGAUCUAGGUACAAACUUUUUCAUCCAGGGGUGAUUGAAAUCUGGAAUGCAUUGCCGGAGAAGGUGGUGGAGGCAGAUGCCCUGAUAGCCUAAAAUAAGUAGACACAAAAUGCUGGAGUAACUGAGUGGGACAGGCAGCAUCUCUGGAGAGAAGUGAUGGGUGAUGUUUCGGGUCAAGACCUUUCUUCAGAGAACGCCGACCUCCACCGCCUCCCUGGUGCCACUACCGCCGCCAACUCUUCCAGCCUUCUCAAGGCCGCGGCUGCCGACCCUCGGCGCCUCCCGGCGCCUGCCUUGCCGCUGACCCUCGCUGUCUCCUCCGCUAUCCGCUCACCGGGGCAAUAGACGCUUUGUCCGUUGACACGGACUCCAGCCAACCCCCCCCCCCCCCACCCCCCAACGGGUCUACACCAACGACUCCGCCGACCCUCUGCCUGACACGGACUCCAUCGCCCGCCUGCGGGCUGCAGCCGUCGCCUUACCCGAGUCCCAGGUUCAACACUAGGCCCACACCCUCCACGAUGCAGACUCACAACAGCACGUGGUCUGACUGCUGGGUCCUACUGCUCCCCCCUCC